CAGGGUAGCACGUAAUAGCCACAGGCUAAUAAACUUGUGGCCCUGAUUUAAUCAAUUAGUUACAAGUUAAAAAUAGAAUAACGCUUAAAAGUAUGACAAAAAACAUGCGAUUUUCAUAUAAAACUCGAUCACUAAAUAUGAUAAUGGUGUAAAAAUUGCUGGUCCCUAAAAAACUUACUCCACAUGUUAUGCUUAAAACAGGCUACAGAAUUCACUUUCCUAGUAGAUAAGGGUACAUUAUUCCAGAGUCUUGAAACUGAUACUGCAAAUGUGCGUCCACCCUCGGUGUCUCUUUUAUAUUUAGGGAAAAUAGCGUUGAAAUUAGCGUACCGUACCUUAAAGGGAGGGUUCACAUAAUAACAAAAGAUUUCUGACAAGAUUUCUGUUUUUGAACAUAUAAUUAUAGUCAUAAUACGAAUCGCCUCACUUAACUUUAGUGGAGACGGCUUUCAAGGGAGGAAAAGUUUCUCAAAGCAACAACAAGAAAAAAACUCUUCGACAGUUCAUCGUCCAGUAGAUAAAAGUAGAUACCCUGCGAGCAGAGCCUUUUCUUCUUUUCUCCUUCUUUCCUUCUUUUUAACCCUCCAGGACGGGUUAAAAAGGCUCUGCUCGCAGGGUAAAAAGUAGAUAAAAACCCUAGAAAAUUUCGAGUGACGCCCCCUCUUUGAUGAAUCCGACUGAACUAAGCUACGCAAAGAUUAAAAGUCUUUUGAGCGACAACAAUUUAAAAAAAAAACUUAGAAAAACGGAGGCUCUUCGCAGAAAAAGCCGCGAGUAGGUUAAAAUAAAGAAAAAAAAACGGAGGCGACUAAACAAUGAAACAGGGAAAAAAGAGUUUCAUUGGAGAAAUUGGAGAAGUUUUUCCGUCCGUGGAAAUGACUGACCAGAAAUUUGAGUGACUUAAAAUUAAAGGACAAAAUGAAAAAUGAACGAAAUUCACAGAACGGGCACGGACCAAGGAAACUGAGAAAGGGGCGGACAACGGAGAAGAGAGGGUUGCAUUGGAGAAAUAGGAGAAAUAUCUUCAUCUGUGAAAUGACGGGGUUAAGCCACGAAAACUCUAAGUGUCUUGAGGGACUUGAAAAGAAAACUUAAUAAAAAGCGAAUGCCCAGAAAGAGCCCCGUGCGAGGAAUAAAAGCUGGGGCGGCCAAACAUAACAAGGAGGAGAGAGUGAGGAAUAGUGAGUCGCUUUGGAGGAAUGGGACCAAGCUAAGCUUAACGUACAAGAAGCUGGGGAGACAUCCGGCAGAGUAUCGAGAAAGGUAAAAACCUCCACAAAGGCCAAGGUAUUAUUUGAAAUAAAAAUUUUCAGUAAAAAGGAUUCAGUAAGUAACGCAUCAGUUAGAAAUUGCAAAACUGCCUUAACUUACACGGAUAAUUCGCUUCAAGAGGAAAGAUAGCCUACUUAGUUUUAUGCAACUAGGAGUGCGUAGGCUCCUUUGAGAAACAUUCACUGAACUGCGCAAAAAUUUCGCUGCAAGAUUGUGACAUCUGUUCAGUAAGUCAUUGUUCUUGGUAUAUGGAAGUCAAAACAGUGAGGUUAAGUUGAAAAAUAACGAGCGAAUUCUUUCUUAAUAUCUGGCUCAGAAUAAAAAUGGUUUAAAACCUCAUCGAAAACCCUUCACUACGUCUUGUAAGUAGUGAAGAUCACGAAAAUCUCCAACUCGAAACGUAUGCGUUCAUAACUGGGUUAAUGUAAACAGAAGCUUCGUUAAUAAAUGCACAUCGGUGUGGAAAAUUAGUUUUCUCUAAUUAUUCCCAGCAAUAAACACCAGAAACCCCCGAGGAGUCUGUCAAAACAUUGCGGUUGUAUGUUGUGUAUUAGGUGUAGAUUUUAAUUUUCUCCCUCAUUGCGUCGAGAAACGAUUUAAGACUUUUCCAUUGAUUCUAUAGUCAACAAUCAAACAAAAUGAUGAAGGAAAAAUAGCGUAAGAUUAAAUUAAAACUAUCUCAAUCAUUACGUGAAACUUCUUGUAUCGAGUUCGGGUCACUGUUUAAUUGCGAGGGACCGACGCUGAAUUUUAACCACAAUACCAAUCAUUUAUUUUACGGUUACAGAGUAACCAAAUUUAAAUUGAGGACAGACAAAUUUGAAGAUUGUUUUACCAAUUUUGAAGUAGGCUGUUUGAAAAACAACCACGAAAAAUUCCGCAAUCAUGUCAAUUCGCUUUUCCGAAUCGGGCUCUCGCUAUUUCAACGUUAUUAGGUAAUUCCUUAGAGUGUCUACAGAAGAUUCGAGAAGACGCCCGCAGGAGUAAGAAAAGCCUACUAAGGCAAUUGAGACCGGUAAGUUAGCAUUUAACUGUCUAGUCUUUUCACUUUAAUUUCUCAGUUCUAUGAUAUUAACAAGUGUGAGUUGGAUAAACCGUUAAAUUGUUAAUUAGGUACUGGUUUUAAAACUCGCAGACUGCAAAAUGAAAACUGCUCUAUCGAAAAGUAUCGCUAUCAAAUCUGUGGACUCGAAGAUAAAAAUCAGUUACAAAAAAACAAGUUAUUAAAGUGUCAACAGCAUGGAUAAUUUGCUACUGUUAGGAAUUCCUACAAAAAAGAAGCUCUUUCUUAAAGAUUGGACAUCAUUUCAGUUCGAUUUUUUGUAAACAUAUGACUCAAGUCAGGAUUGACGAAAAAUACAAAAAAUGCAUUAAAAUUCAAAUUUGGUUAAUCUUUGCCACAUGGUGGUCGAUUUUUAUUUGGAACAAUGCUCGUAGUGUUUGCAAUCUCAGGAAAAUAGUGAUUAAAUUGCUAUAAAAUAAUUUUAACGCCAAACCCAAGCUUUUGGAGUAGUUUGAUCCACAUAAAUUACAAACAUUUUGUAAGCGUGGGGAUUUAUAUUCGUGCGUAAUAUGAUAAAUUUCUCCCACGCGAGCUCUCCAGGCAAUGUCAAGGAGGCCUCACGUAACAUUUAUCUGUAACUGCUUGCGAAGUUACUCGUCAUAGUACACUGCUGUUUGUGCAACGGUGAGCAUAUUUAUCAUCCUGGGGUUUUUCAAUUCACCUGUGUCUAAACUCACAAAAUAUCUUCAACUCACAUAUAUCUUGUUUUAUUGUAAAUGGGCACUAAGGAUGAUUCUGGCAUCGCAUACUAUUUGGGAAGAUUGAACUUCUCAUGAUCUACGUCACAGCCGAGGAAUACAAUGUUUACUAGGAUCAGAUGCUCGUGAGUUUACUUGUACUAGUUUACCUAAGAGUGAAUUGGUGAAAAAUUCAAUAAAUCGAGGUAAUUUCGUCUUUUAUUUCUCUGCCUUAGGUCGUCUCGUCAUACUACCGUUCAACACCAUUUUUAGAGACAAGCCGAAAGAAAAUUGUACUCUUGGUGUUGUUGAAUAUUCAGUAAUUCUCGGUAUCACUACACAAGAAUCGCUCGCAGCAAGAGGCAUAUGGCGUUUUUGGUAAAUUGCAUCGUGUUGGCUUGGAUAGUAACUGGAUGUCGCACAGAAGGCGCAAAUUCCGCUGCAGAACAAGAUUUGAUCAAUGACCUGCUAAAAGGGUACAACAAAGAUGCUCAUCCCAUACCAGAACAAAACAAGAGUCUAUACAUGGUCACGUUUGGUUUGGAAUUGGUCCAACUCGUUAACGUAGAUGAUAAAAAUCAGAUCAUCACAACAAACGUGUGGGUGCGACAGAAAUGGAGAAAUCUUCUCUUGACAUGGCGUCCGGACAAAUAUGGUGGUAUCAAACGAGUUCGUAUUGAUCCAAGUCUGCUUUGGAUUCCGGACAUCGUUCUCUACAACAGCGCAGACAGUGAGUUCAGCGGUGGACUUGAAAAGUACAAGACUCGUGUUAUUAUUGACUACAAUGGGACCAGUGCCUGGUACAGCCCAGCCUCGUUUCGAAGCACGUGUCCGAUUGACGUCACGUACUUCCCAUUUGACCAACAGACGUGCACGAUGAACUUUGGCUCCUGGACGUUUGAAGUGGUUGACCUUGAUAUCCACGCAGACAUGUCUCCACUUCAUUCCACGCAGUACGUGAAAAGCGCGGAAUGGGAUUUGCUUGGAGCUUCCAAGAAACGAAACGUCCAGUCAUACGCUUGCUGUGAUUAUCCUUUUUCCGAUGUUACCAUCGAGUUCGUGUUCAAACGGAAGCCUUUGUUUUACAUUUUUAAUCUGAUAGUUCCAUGUAUGAUAAUCGUGUCCAUGGUGCUGCUGGGUUUCUUCCUACCCCCUGAAUCUGGAGAGCGAAUAACUCUGAGUAUUACCGUGCUGUUAGCUAUGGCUGUGUUUCUGCAAUUAGGGGCAGAAAAUUUGCCAAGGAAUUCUGAGAGCGUACCGGUAAUGGGUAUAUUCUACAUCACAGUCAUGAUAGAGGUCGCCAGUUCUCUCAUCGCCACAUGUUACAUCUUGCACAUUCACCAUCGAAAUUCUGGGACGGCCGUGGUGCCUGUUCCCAGAUGGGUCAACGUGUAUAUCCUCGACAAGCUCGGAAAGUUUUUGGGCGUGAAGAAGCCUGUAACAGAGGACAAAUAUGACUUAUCAGCGGAGGUGGAUUUUAAGAGAAUCUCUAUGAUGAAAAAGGACUUGGACAAAAGGUUUGGUGGUACCAACAACCACGUUAAAACAAAGCUGCUGCAUGACACUCGCUCACGAGCUGCGACAAAAUCGACUUUAAAUUCACCAGAAGAGUUUUGCAUGACCUCCUCAACGAACUCCGUUACAAGCACAUGUCGAAAGAUGGACGCCCACCACGAGAAAAAUCACAACAAUGAUGGUGACUGCAACAGUGCCAAGACAGCACAGGGUGUCAUGGUGCUUGUAGACAGUUUGAAGCAUCGUCGGCAAAUCGAGAAGAAUCAGGAAGAAUGGAGACAUCUUGCUAUGGUCCUAGAUCGAUUAUUUUUCUGGAUUUUUGUAGCAGUAAUUUUAAUCUCUACCAUUGUUGUUCUUAGUAGAGGAGCUUAGAAUCAUUCAUCCAUUUUCUACCAUUUAAAUUUCUGUACACCCGAUUUUCCACACCCAAUUUUUAAUUUACCAUACUUUGAGUCGUUUUCUGCGACAAGCAAGCAUAUCUGCGGUAAAGUAGGUUCACAGAGAGCAAUUCAACUGAGUUUCGUGGAAUUAAAACCAAGGUUAUCAAAACAGCCAGUUAGGAGAAGGGUAGAAAAUUAUUAAGAGCCGAUAAGAACUCGAAGUAAAAGAAGCAAGCAGCUUAAAUAGCGAGAAAACGCUAAUGAGCAAGACGCAAUUUCUUUUUUCAGUUUUGUUUCUGAUUGCUGGAGAAAUCGGCACGUCGUGACUAGAUCAAUCAACGAGUUUAGCGGGGCAAAAACUACACAACUCCGGAUUCCUUUAGCCAAAAAUUUCCCUUUAGAAAUUUGUUCAGUGCUCGGAUUAACGUUUUGUAAAUACAACUGUUUACGUGAAUUGUACCGUAAAAAUGUCCAAGACAAAAAUGCUAAAAAAAAAAAAAACAAACAAAAGAAAAUGCCUUCAAAGUGAAGGAAACCCAUUAUUUAUAGGAUAGCAUAUUGAAAUAAGCAGAUUGAACCAAAAUGUAGCGAAGAUGCCAAGAUACAAAUGAAUUUUAAAAUACCAGCGCGAAAAAGGAUAGGCUGAUUUCUUCAAGAUUAUUUACAUACAGCGUGAGAGUUCUUAUAAGCUUUUCGCACACUGCUUUAUCACGGAUAUGGAAUUAAUAAACAUUCGCGCCGCUUCUUCCUAGUCAACGUACAAGGAAAACGUUCUUUGAAAUGGUUUCGUACCUUAAAGCUAUUAUAUGAUUUUUAUACGUUUAUAAAGUCUGCAAUCUGCACAAUUAGAGUGUCACUGAAAAAAAUUAGGAAUAAAAAAACCUAAAAGUUAUUAGAUAGUAUGAACUAAUUAUUACAGAAUCAGAAAGUCUAUUAAAACAUGA